UGUACUUACAUUUUUUAUUGAAUUUAUUGUCAGCUGUUAUGAAGUGUUGCAUUCUGUGUCUGGCAACGCCAAAUUUUAACAUAAAAGCGUGCACUGUUGGUUUGCAGCUCUGAGUAGUAUUUCCUAAUUUUUGUAUUAAAUUCUUUUAAAGGAGCAAUAACUCGCAGCUUCAUACCCGCAGACAACUGUGAGACAGCAGAAGCAUUGUUCUAAUUUGGUUAAACAAAUUGUUUUACAGACGCAAACCGGCAACUGUUUUUAAAACUUCAAGAAUUCUUAUAAAUCCCGCAUAGAAAACAAGCAAAAUGGAUAAAAACAGUGCAGCGUUGUAUAAAAAAAUGCAAGCAGAGGUUGAGUCAUACCAAAACCUACAAAAAUCCUGUGUUAAAAUAGUUAAGCAGCGGGCACUCCUAGAGAGUCAGCUAAAUGAGAACAAGUGUGUGCUGGAUGAACUAAAUCUGCUUGGGCCCGACAAUAAAGUGUACAAAUUGUUUGGACCAGUUCUGGUGAAACAAGAGCUGGAGGACUCGCGGCAAAACGUUGGCAAACGCAUUGAGUACAUCUCGAAGGAGCUGAAAAGUUUCACGGAUACACUGGAGAAUAUGGAGAAGGAUAUGCUGAAACAUCGCGAAGCUGUAUCCAAGUACCAGCAGCAAUGGCAAGUCGCAGCUGCCAUGAAGUGAAACCAUCUGCCUAACGAUUAUUUAUUACUGUUUGUCAUUUUUAAUAAACAUCCGCAUUGACUUGAAAUCAAAUAUAAACACCUGAAA